GCCACCGGCCAACGGCCCUUAUCCACUCCUAUCAUCUCUUUCGGUCCUCAAUACAACACUUCGCGCAUCAUCAAUCGCAUCUCUACACCUUAACAAACGACAAUGGCCUCUUCUUACAUACUCACCUCAUCUCCUUUACUACAAACCCUAGCCCCUUUCCCCAAGAACAAACCUACGCCAAUACUUCACUGCCAACAUCAAAUUGGAAGCCAGGGUUUCUCAAUCAAAGCUCAAACCCUUGAUUUCUCUGGCACAUUCUUUGAAGGAGGAUUGGGAGGCGAAGAUGACCUCAACAAUUCAUCCGGGUCGGUUGCCACUGCAAUUGAAGAAAAAGAAGAGCCCCAAUGCCCACCGGGGUUGAGACAGUAUGAAACAAUGGCUGUUUUGAGGCCCGACAUGUCCGAAGAUGAGCGACUCUCUCUUACCCAGAAAUAUGAAGAGUUGCUUGUUGCCGGAGGGGGCAUGUAUGUGGAGGUAUUCAACAGAGGAGUAAUCCCUCUUGCUUAUAGCAUCAAGAAGAAAAACAAAGCUGGUGAAACCAACACUUAUUUAGAUGGAAUUUAUCUCUUGUUUACCUUUUUCACAAAACCAGAAUCUUUGGAGGUUCUUGAGACAACUUUGACCAUGGAUGAUGAUGUCAUAAGAUCAUCCACCUUUUUAGUAAGGAAGAGGAAGUAUUAGUUCUAUUUCUAUAUAUCUUUCGGUAUAGGAAGGUUUAUAGAGUCGUUUAUAAGGAGUUGUUGAAAGUUUGUCAUAUGAAACCUAUGAUGUUGCAAGAGAAUAUGUAGUGUAUUUUGUAGAAAUGUUACAUAUAUUGCUCAACAUCAACAUUGGCAUUCUAUUGAAUUCGAUGUUUAUUAAAAAAUAUAUUUAUCUGGAUAGUA